UUACUUUUCGAUCGACUGUACAUGAUAAUAUGUAAGCUCCUCCUCCUUUUUUAUCUCAUUAUUGAACAAAACUGUUUGCAGACAGCGAACUUGACGUUGUUUAAUAUUUCAUUGCCGUGUGUGAUCGUUGCUAGUCUAAUUAUAGAAUUUCGGUAGUGAGUGGAAAAACGCACGCGCACUAUAUAGAAUUGUACGACAUCUACUUCUAGAUCCCGUUUACAGUUUAUUCCUUAGGAGUUAUUUUUUCUGUCAACCUGUCGGCACAAAGAGGCAUGCCAAAAAUUUGCCGCGAUUGCUUGGGCAUAAGGUACCGCACUAAUUCUUUGCAUCAGACUUGGAAGUGGUUGCAUCAGACCAUUGCCCUUCACGAAUACUUGAUAUCCCUGGUUUCUUCAGCAUCUGAUCUACAAGAAUCCUGCGAGAACUGCAUGCAUCAUUAAGUAGUCAUACUAGUUGUUUUAG